CAGCUACGAAAGCUGUGACACAGCUACACAGAUUUAGCGCUGAUAAAUAAAGCAAACUGCUGGCUUCUGACUUCCUCUGCAAGAUAUGACAGCUGCGUAUCGCCAAGAUGUGACACUGUUUAUUACCAUUCACUGGAAAAAGAAAAAAAGAAAAAAGCUUACUGGUCAUUGUUUUAGUGGACUGGAGAGGCUGGUCUUCUGCAGAAGCUUAGAGGAAAACACAUUUCCUUCAGAAGAAAGAGGCAAGAAACAUCAGCUGACAGCUGUUUCAAAGAGUACGUAAAGUCAAACAAAAUGCUUCCAUUUCUUUCAGAAUGCGUUGCUUUAAUGUUGUUGAGCCUAACUUACUUUUGCUGGUUAGCUUCAUCUCAGGCUUGGCUAAGUAAGGCACUUUACAAAGAGAUGGUAACUUUUCAAAGGGACACGCAGUCUUAUAGGACUUCUCUGGUGACUGACAGACUGUGUUGGCCCUGCUGCUCAGCCCCACAUCUGGGGCUGAGCAAAAAAAAAAAGCCCCACACAUUUUUUUGGAUGACAUUCAAUCUGCUGCACAUUAUAACUCACACAGGAAAAGCCAUCCUGCCAUUCUAAAUGAUUCAGAGGUGAAUUCUGCUACCCUUAUGCUGAGUAAUAUCUUGUAGUAGGAUUAGUCUCACAGAAACAUGCUCUUUGUGGCUCAAGAGAGAGGAUAUUUAACCUUAGGCAAAAUAUUGAAAAGCCCUAUUAACAUGUUUCACAAAGGAUGUGUGACUCUUCUGCACUAACCCAGUGCUGGCACUGGCCCCCCUGGGUGUGGGGUGCUAUCUGUGGUCUUUUAUUGUAGCCUGGUACAGUUCCUACCUUCUGAGAAUAUGUCCAAAGCGUUUUUCUAAGAAACAAGCAAUGAGCAAUACAAUUCUGGCAUGAAAAAAUAGUUGUGUUAAACAAUCAGCCAAACUUUCAGGUAAUAAAAUAUAAUUAAAAAAAAAAAAAAAAACAGAAAGAAAAAGUAAUGCAAUCCCAUGAAUAGCAAUGGCAAGAUGUAGUCAGGCUGUUCUAAGUCUGGCUGUUACGUCCAUUAGUUUUACCUAACUGCCAUGGCAGAAGCCAGACUCUUGCCUUGGAGAGCUCAGGCUGUUUUACUGCACCACGCCUAGUGGCAGGGUGUGGAUGCGGGGGUUUACAGAUCAGUGGUCGCUCCUAUGACAACAAUAUAAAUGUCUGAAACAGACUGACUGAAAUCAAACGGGGGAGACAUCAGUGAAAAUCCUCCACGUAAAUCACUAACUCAUUUGAGAAGAGAAACAGAUGUGGUGGCACUUUGGGUCUUGACUGUCAAGACAAUUGUCUUCAGCAAAUUUAUUUAUUUGCUUUUGUCUGUGGUGGAUGCCUUACUACAGCUCUUCUCUGUUAGACACUUGGGACUUUGUCUCCUGGUGCAUUAGGAUUUAAUUACUUGCCAAGUAAACAAAUCUCAAUGUGUCUCCUUACAGGCUGCCUUUAAAAAGGAGGCAACAUGGCAACUGCAGAUGCUGUUACCUUUUAUUAUAACUUCUCAGCCAUUGAUCCCAAUGAAAACGGAAUUGAGAAUUUUUACACAUUUAUAACUAUCUUUCUGCCCUGUGUGUAUUCGUUUGUUUUUAUCUUUGGGCUAGCAGGAAAUGCUCUGGUCUUUAUCAUACUGGUCUUCUAUGAGAAACUGAAGACACUGACAGAUAUAUUUUUGUUGAACCUGGCUAUAGCUGAUUGGAUCUUCCUUUGGACGCUGCCAUUCUGGGCCUAUUCUGCUGCUCAGGAGUGGAUUUUUGGCACUGUGACAUGUCGAAUCAUACGGGGCCUGUACAAUCUGAACUUGUACACUUCAAUGUUAACUCUAACGUCUAUCACCUUUGACAGGCUUAUUUCUAUUACUUUUGCCACCAAAGCACAUAUGAGUCAAACCAAACGACUGAAAUGGGGCAAAUUAAUCUGCGGCUUGAUCUGGGUGAUUUCAGUAGCAUUUGCCACACCACAGCUUAUUUUUAGUGAUGUGUUUACUAUUGAUAAGACAAUAUGCCUGGAAAAAUACCCAGACCACCACAUAGAAUUGGUUCUUGAAGUUAUUCAAGUGACCCUUGGUUACUUUAUUCCCAUGCUAACCAUGAUCAUCUGCUACUCCCUAAUUAUUAAAACCUUACUGCAUGCCAGGAACUUCCAAAAGAACAAAUCUCUAAAAAAAAUAUUUUCUGUAGUGGCCAUAUUUAUUCUUACUCAGUCACCCUACACUUUCUUGAGACUGAUGAAGAUCAUCGACUGGAGCUUCAACUUGGACAGCAACUUUGACUACGCCAUCGUUAUAACAGAAGCCCUUGCUUAUUUCCACGGCUGUCUUAACCCUGUUAUGUAUUUCUUCAUGGGGGUGAAAUUCAGGAAGAACUUCCAGAAAAUUAUUAAAAGCUCAAGGUGCUUUAAACAGCAAGUUGCUGUUAGACAGUGGCACACCACUGAAGACGAAGGCUCUAAAACUUAUACUGUCUCAAAUAAUGCAGAUGUGACAAGCAUGUACCCUCUGUAAAACUGUCCAGAGAACAUGGCAACUAUUUACAGCUUUUUUAUUAUUAUUAUUAUUUUAUUUUUUAAAACUGAGAUAGGUAGCCUCCUUGAAAGAAGAAAUGCUGCCCCAUUAGUAAGGACACUGCAAUCUGCUUUAGGCCAGCAUAACCUGAAAGCAUCACACUUCACUGCCUCCUGCUUUUCCUGGUCAGAGCUGAUCCUAAUGCAAAGCUGGGACCUGACUCAACUGUGCAGAAGUUUCCAAACGGUAGUGGACACAGUAAGACAAAACUCAGUUCUCAACAUGAAGCCAGCUUGGACCUCAUGACUCCAGAGGGCCUGGAGACAUUCACCAAACCUUUUGCCUGCUGGUUUUUCAGGAAAGGUGUUUGUUAACAAAAGCAUUUAUGAUAUUUUGUUUCAAAGAUGUUAUGGAUUUUAGUUGAUAUGAUUAAUUUCAUGAAAACUCUUGGAUUAAACACACAUACAUAUUCGUGA